AUGCCUUAAGACACAAGUGGAGCCAGUGCACUUAUCCCAACCAAUGAUGAAAUUGAAAUUAAAACUUUCGCAGCUUGCUCAAUAUUUUGCCUUAAAAAUAUAAUCUAUUAUUAAACAAACGUUCCAGUUACAGAUUAAGUAUUGAGCUUUUAGGGCUAAACUCUUGAUAAUGGAAUGAAUUUGUUUAACUAUCAGAUUGUUGACAAUAUCUAAAAUAAUAGUUUUAAUGGUUAAGUAGUUUACAAUGCUUAUAACUCAAAUUAACCCUCAACAGGAGAGUACAUGAAUAGUUCAUCUCCAUUUUCAAAUGGUGACAUUAAAGAGUAUGAAAUCAAUCUGAUAACAAUGAAGAAAAAGCCUCCAGUCCCUACUUUGAAUUUCAAUUCUGAAAAUAAUAGAAAAUUAUAGCUAAACAAAAGUGCAACCAACUUAGGGUCUGUUACAAAUAAUAGAAAUGAAAUGUCUUAAAGUUUUUAGGUUUCUCUGGGUAUUGAUUUUACAUUUAAUACUAUAAAGAAUGUUAAGAAAGUCAACUGGAAAGAUGAUGCACCAUGGUAUAGAGAAAUUUCUGAUGGCUUGAGUUGGAUCUGCUACUGUCAGAAUCCAAAAUGCUUUGCAUUUUCAUAAAUGGUCGUAAUUAACAAAGGCUAUGGUGUUUACUCAAUUAAUAAAGAAAUGUAAUCAAUAAGAUGCCCUUGUUGUCUUAACGGCAAGUUCUUGGAAGUUAGAAACUGUGGCUUUGUAAAUUGCGAAUGGGCAAUGCGAGGAAUCCUAAAUAAAAAUAAAGAAUCUAAAAUUUAUGCUGAUGGUAAAACUUAUGAUAAUAAACUCUACACUUUUAAAGAAUGCGACUAUAAAUCAAUCUGGUUUGCUCUAGAUAUCAUGAUAAAAUAAUUAGAUGAAAAAACAGCCUUAAAAAAUUUACCAUCUGCACGAGAAGAUAAAAAGAAAAACAACCUAAUGAUUGACUAAGCAUUGGAGUAAGAGGGAGUUCCAAUUCCUAACCCACAAGAAAAGCAAAAAUUCGAGGGUGAAUCUGAUUCUUCCUUGUCUGAUUCUUCUGAUGUUGAAAAUAAUAUGCCCUAACCACAGGCAAAUAUGAAUAUUAAAAAUGAAAAGAUAAAAACACACGGUCCAAUUUAGAAUAUCUAGUUCAUGCCUAGUAAUAGAGGUCCAAGAGGUAAUUUCUGCUGUACUGAUAAUGGUGUUUAAGUUGGUUGUAUUAGUAAAAAUAAAACAGAGGUAGAGGAGGAUGUAGCUGACUUGGAAAAGCAAGGAGAAACUAAAUGUUUAAUAUUUUGA